AUGGCGGCGGCGGAGGCUCGGGGGCUGGCUGGCUCGCUCGCUCGGCGCUCGGCCUGCUCGGGGCCCGCGCCCGUACGGCCUUCACAGGAAGUGCCCGGCCGGCCCCGCUGCUCGUCCUCGGCGGCGGCUCCAGCAGCUGCCACGGGCCGCGCGCCGCCGUCCGCCCGCCCCGCCUCCCCGCCCUUAAAGGGGCCGCGCGCCGCCGUCCGCCCGCCCCGCCUCCCCGCCCUUAAAGGGGCCGCGUGCCCGCCCCCCCCCCCCAGCCGCCCCCACCUCACGCUCUGGGGCCCUGAGGAAGGAGUGAGGCCGGGAGUCUCCCGUGGAGAUAGUAUGGAGAAGUACCAGAUUCUGCACCAGCUGGAGCCUGGGGCCCUGGGGGUGAACCUGGUGGUGGAAGAAAAGGCCACCAAAGUAAAGCGCGUGAUAAAGAAGGUAGAGUGCAUUGAUCAACAUCAGGCAAACGAGGCCCUGGAAGAGCUCAUGCCGCUGCUGAAGCUCCAGCAUGCACACCUGUCCAUCUACCAGGAGCUGUUCAUCAUAUGGGACAGCCAGAUCUCCUCUCUGUUCCUCUGCCUGGUAAUGGAGUACAAUAAGGAGACCUUCCAGAAGUUCAUUGAGAAGAAAAGGAAUACAAGGACGAUCAUUGACCCUGAGUGGAUGCAGAACGUGCUGGGCCAGGUGCUGGACGCGCUGGAAUACCUUCACCAGUCGGACAUCAUUCACAGGAACCUCAAGCCCUCCAACAUCCUCCUGGUCAACAACAACCAUUGCAAACUACAGGACUUGAGCUCCAACGCACUGAUGACUGACAAGGCCAAAUGGAAGAUCCGGGUGGAGGAAGACCCCUUCCAGAAGUCCUGGAUGGCCCCUGAAGCCCUGAACCUCUCCUUCAGCCAGAAAUCUGACAUCUGGUCCCUGGGCUGCAUCCUUCUCGACAUGGCCAGCUGCUCCUUUGUGGAGAACACAGAAGCCAUGCUUCUGCGGAAGUCUCUCCGCAUGCUUCCAAACGGCCUGCAGGAUGUGCUGAGGAAGAUAGAGGACAGGAAGGUCCCCGACGCUGACACGCUGGCUUUCCUUCUGCCGAGGAUGCUUCAAAUCAACCCCGAGGAGCGCAUCACAGUGAGGGAUGUGAUCCACUUCGCCUUUGUGACCAAGGAGUUCAAGUCCUCAAGUGUGGCACUGACGCUGCACAGGCAGGUGGUGCCCUCGGUCAUCGCUGACAUGCUCUUAGGAAGCAACGUUGCAAGUGUCUUAGAGGUCAUGCAGAACUUCUCCAGCCGGCCCGAAGUCCAGCUCAAGGCCAUCAAGAGGCUCCUGAUAAUGUCUGAGGAUGAGCUAGGUCUGCCGUGGCCGAUAGAGCUGGUGGAGCUGGUGAUUGGGGUCCUGAAGCAGCACGACCGAGUCCUGGCCAUGCAGCUGUGUGGCUGCUCCCUGCUGCUGCGUGUUCUUGGCCAAGCGCUGGUGCAGGACGCAGAGGCUCGGGCGCCGUGCAGCAACGCCAUGAUCGCCAGCCUGCUGGGCAUCAUGCGGUGCCACCCUGACUCGGAGGAGCUCAUCGUCAUGGGCUACAGCCUGCUCACCAUCAUCUCGAGUCAGGAAUCGUCGGAGGGGCAGCUGCAGAAGGCCGCGCUGUUUGAGCACAUCCUGGAGCACUUGGACAGCUUCCUGGAGAGCAGGGACGUCUGCAUCACUGGCCUGGGCCUGCUCUGGGCCCUCCUGGUGGACGCUGUCCUCGUGGACAAGACCCCCUUAGAGAAGGCCCCAACGGUUGUGGCCCACGUGAUGGCCACCUACUCCACGGACAGAGAGAUGGCAGAAGCUGGCUGUGCAGUCCUCUGGCUGCUGUCGAUGCUAGGCUGCAUCAAGGAGAGCCAGCUGGAGCAGGUGACUGGGCUGUUCCUGCGGAGCAUCCAGCUAUGCCAGGACAGGGUCCUGCUGGUGAACAAUGCCUACCGCGGGCUGGCCAGCCUGGCCAAGGUGUCAGAGCUGGCGGCCUUCCAGGUGGUGAUGCCCCAGGAGGGCAGCGGUGGACUUGCACUCCUGCAGGACACGUAUGAGCUCCACAAGGACGACCCCAAGGUGGUGGAGUGCCUGUGCACGCUGCUGUCCCACCUCGUUGCCUACAAGGAGAUCCUGCCAGAGCUAGUGUCCAACGGCAUCACACCCCUGGUACAGGAGAUCAAGGGACGCUUCACCUCCAGUUUGGAGCUGGUUUCUCAGGCAGAACGGGUGCUGCUGCGGCUGGAGGCCUCGCCCCCAACUCCAGCUGUGGGUGACCGUCCCGCCCUGCCCUGCCCCGCGCCACCACAGGAACCCUCGCCUUAGUUGGGGGGGGGGCCUGCUCAGCGCUCACCCUGCCCAGAUCACUAAUAAAGGCCGUGUGCCGUCCCUGGUGUGUCCACGUCAUCCCCAGGGCAGGGAGCCUUUCUGCCACCUCUGCACAGAUCUCAGCCCUGGCUGAAGCUGAGGGUGCGACCUGGACUCACAGUCAUCUCGGACCUUCUCAGGAGGGAAGAACAGUAAACCUCAGACUCCACACACUCCAUCGUAGAAGUACAAACA